AGAGUUCCCGGCGUUCCGCCACGCGCGGACCGUAGCGCGCGCCGAGUGAUCCACUGGAUCUCUUGCUCGAGAGGCGAUGGCUCCGUUUGGGAAGAACUUCCUGAAAGCGCGACAGAAACACAGGACGAAGGAUGCCGAGUCUGUGGAGGGAGAGGAGAUUCAGGUCACGGUCUGCAACGAGGACAAGGUCAUCUGCGGAGUAACGAAGCACACAACAUGCACCGAUAUGAUCCAGGCGCUACUGGACGACCACGAGUCGAUCCCGGAGAGCAAGCGCCUCUUGCACGGCGAGGCCAGGGACUUCUGUCUCGUUGAGCGGUGGAAGGGUUUCGAGAGAGCCUUGCCUCCCCUCACCAGAAUCCUGAGACUCUGGUCCGCCUGGGGGGACCAGAGACCCUUCAUCCAGUUCACGCUCGUCAAAACCAGCGACUUCGUGCCUCCGCCCGCCAAGAAGGCCGGAAAGUCCAAAGGCGCCAAGCCCAAGCGAUGGGAGCACCAGCCUCAGCCGGCGGAGAGGCAGAAGCGCAUGGUGAAGAAAGCCUUCCGGAAGCUAGAGAAGCUCCACAAGGAGAGCAAGAGCUCCCUGCCGGGUGCCGAGGAGAUCGACCGCAUGGUGCAGCUCAUCCUCGACCAGGACCACACCAUCCGGGAGCAGAUCCGACGCAUGAGGGGGCUGGACGUGGGCAUCGAGCAGUUUGAGCUGGAGAUGCAGAAUGAAGCGGCGUGGGAGGUUUCACCGGCUCAGAGUUUGGGGGCGCACGCCGACGAGUACCCGCAGGAGGAGUACCCGCAUGCCGGCGACGCGGUCGAACAGAUCGAGCUGGAGGUGCAGAGGCACCAGCAGCUCAUCCUCGAGCUGUCUCUGGACAUCGACGCCGAGCUGAGGAGGGCCGCCGACUUCCCUCGGAGCCAACACGACGACGGCGGCGAACGGGAAGGCGCGUCCGCUUCCCGGUUCCCCUCGGAGACGGACGAACUCGAGGGGCUGCGGGAGGAGGUGGAGCGCAGCCUCUUCGCCGGCGUGUCCCUCCACAACCAGGCGGCGGAGAUGAGCAAGCAGCUGAUUUGCUACGAAGCCGCGCUGGCCUCCAAGGACCAGGAGUGCUGGCAGCUGGCCGCCCAGCUGAGCUCAUUGCACAUUGGGGAAGCAGGAGGAGGAGAAGAGGAGGAGUCCAGUCCUGUCCCGCCGAUGAGCGAGACUCAGUGCGGCGGCGGCGGCGGCGGCUCGUCGCAGGCGGUGAAACUCAAAGGCAGCAUGUCCCCUCUAGACGUUACUGACACAGACUCAGACACGGGGAUUAGCUCCACGCACAGUCAGGACUCGCUGUCGCCGUGUCUGGACUUCCCUCCCCCGCUGGACACGGACGUUUGAACCAACCUGCAAGUCAUAGUUCUGGGUGCACCGCAUCCGAGCCACAGACCGGAAGAAUCCUGCCGAUCUUUGCGUUAAACCAGUCGUUUAUUGGCAGGGAUGAACGUGAUAAUGCGGAGAUUGUUUCAUGAUUUCUUUGAAGCAAAAUGUGCAAAGAAAUCUGUGGUUUCAUCUUCUCAAGUCAAAUAUGAAUAUAGUGAAUAUCUGCAGCUUCUUGGAUUGUAAGAGGAGUAACAAUUUGGAAAAUGUGUUCAGUGAACAAGUUUAAAAAAUAUUUUUAUUUUAUCGAGGUUGAUCAAAGAAUAUUUAAAAAGGAAUAUUUUGAAUACCUUUAAAAAAAAGUGCAAAUGUUCUGAAAAGUAUACAGACGCUGAUGUGUGUGACUAAAAUGUAAAGAUAAUAGGCACAUGGCGCACUGUACAUUGUUUCCCUAAAGACUAUUUCCGAGCACAAUCAUGGCUUAGUGUUUUUCGCUUAAUUUCUUAAUAAUGGUGAAUGUACGCUUCCCCUUCUCAGUUCUCAAGCUAUUUAUGAAGCUGCACUUCUUUGAAACACACUUAAGUCUUAUUAACACUGUCGUUUUAUAUUAAAACAGAUAGCUAACUGUUUUGGAUGUACAUUUUUAAGAUUUGUUAACUCCUCUCGACUACACUGUAAAAUAUGCCGCCGUCACCCCUGUAAAUUAUUCUUAUGACACGGGCAAAUUUUGUUAAAGACAAAUUUGUUAAAAUAACAUUUAUUUAUCCUGUAAUCUAAUUUUUUUAAUGAUGAGAUCAUAUCACGCCUGUUUCCCCUCCGAUGCAAUAAUCUCCAUCCUCUACAGAUCUGAUCCAUCACAACAAUCUGAGCUGCACACGAGUAAAUCACGCCUAAGAAAUAAGAAAUAUGAUCAAAUAAAAUGUACAUUUUGACUUUCAUAAUAAACACUAAUGCUGUAAAUGUCA